UUCACAGUCAUUGAGGUCCCUUCCAACCCGGGCCGUUCUGUGAUUCUGUGAACGUUCUGUGUCUCAGGCAGGGAGCUGUCAGUCUUGUUUGUCUCCGGGAAUUCAGCUCGCUGUCUCCCGUCUUUUGUUUAAGGGGAAAAAAAAAAAAAAAAAAAAAGUCAUGAAAAAAUGACAGCGCGUUUCUGUGUCGCUGGGAGAGAAAAACAGAACCAGCCUAAGCUGUCUCUGUGCUCUGUAAGUGUUUCUCUUGUGCAACUGGGCUGGCGGCGAGCCCCGUUUUUGAGACGUCACUGCCAUGAGAUGGAUGGGCGCAGCGCCGCUUUACCGCAGCGUGAUGCGGUGCUGUACGGCUCGGGCGGGCGGGCGGAAGGGGAGCAGCUGAGCAGAUCGCGCAGAGGAGGUUCGGUACGGCUUCUUGUUUGCCUACCGAGCAGCAGCCCGGCAGGCGUGUGCCCAGGGGCUCCGAGCCCACCCCGCGCCGAUGGGAGAGAGCUUCAGCCCGGCAGAGCGCACCUUCCCAGGAGGCUCCCGCUGUGCUUAUGGAACGAGCGCUGCGCUGCUGCCGUGAGCGGCCGGAGCGGAGCUGCCCGCUGGAUCAGCGCGAUACCUGAAAAAUCCACAUUCAGGGCGUGGGGGGGGAUUAAAACCCUCCGCUGAUCAAUUAAGUACGAGCCCCGAAGGAAGAGCAAAGGACGGAACCUCGUG